CACUUUGUUUCUUACAACGCACGCUCACAAUGGGGAUUCGAACCGGAAAUAGUUAACGAGACCGAUCUUUAUGUUCCUGACGGGAAUGAAUUUGACUGCGAUGAGGACAAAAUAGCUGCGGACAACGUCAUGCUGAGUCUACUGCGCCCCCUACUGGUCACCUGCGUGUACACGCUGCUGCUGCCCGGAGGUCAGGGCAGAAUCCCCGGGUACAACAACGGGUUCCACUACCAGGACAUCAGCAACGGCAAUGGCAACGGAGAGAUCUAUUUCGAUGGGGUUCGUCUCCAUGUGGAGUCCCCGCAGCAUUCAGUGUCAGCCUCCAGGGGGAGCAGUGUCACCCUGCCCUGUCACUACCACUACGAGCCUGAGAUCGCCACACCACGCAGGACCCGGGUCAAGUGGUCCUGGUUGCCUGCCAACACCCACGCUGCACCAUCUUCCCCUGAAGCCCUCGCCAGCGAAACUGAGGUGAUGGUGGCAAUGGGCAAUCGUCACCGCAGCUAUGGGACCUUCCGGGGCCGUGUGCGCCUGAAACGCUCCGCACCGGGGGACAUGUCUCUUGUGAUCAAUGAGCUGCAGCUUAAUGACACAGGUAGAUACCGCUGUGAGGUGAUUGACGGCCUGGAGGACGAGAGUGUGACUGUGGAGCUGGAGCUGCGAGGUGUCGCAUUUCCCUACUACUCUCAGAAAGGACGCUACCAUUUUAACUUCUUCGGGGCCAAACAAGCUUGCAAGGAUCAGGAUGCCACUCUAGCUACAUUUGAGCAGCUCUUCGUGGCCUGGGAAGAGGGAUUGGACUGGUGUAACGCCGGCUGGUUGGCUGAUGGUACAGUGCAGUAUCCAAUCACAGUGCCGCGAGAUGGCUGCGGGGGCAUGGACUUAGCUCCUGGUUUGCGAAGCUAUGGUCAGCGCCAUCGCCUCUUCCACAGCUAUGAUGCUUUCUGCUUCUCCGCCUCUGUCAAGGGAAGUGUGUACUUCUUAAAGCACCUGACCAAGCUUAAUUUCACUGAGGCUGUCCAGGCAUGUGCCAUUGAUGGAAGUCAGAUUGCCAAAGUGGGCCAGCUGUACGCCGCCUGGAGGCUGAUGGGGUUUGACCGCUGCGAUGCUGGCUGGUUGGCUGACGGGAGUGUGCGUUAUCCUAUCACAAAAGCCCGGGCUAACUGUGGCCCGCCUGAACCAGGGGUGCGUAGUUUCGGGUUCCCCCCUCUGUACUUUAAGUUUGGUGUCUACUGCUAUCGGUAGAUGCUCUGACUCAACAGGAGACAAAAACAUACCGUUCUUACAGCACACUGGUUUAUAGCUCUCUUCGGGGGUGUUAGCAUUAACUGUAGACUGGAUACAAAUUAGCAAAUCCAUUGGUUUAAUCACUCUACACCUCCAUUAGACUGAAACUCAUGCUCAGUAUUGAACUUAAGGUUAUCAACUGGUUUUGCACUUGUGCUAUGGCAUGGCCACACUAUAUGGCCAUAAGUAUGUGGACACACAUGUGUUAUAGCUGAAUAUCUUAAUACUAUAACAGAGGGCAUUAAUAUGCUGCUGUAACAGCUUCCACUCUUGUUGGAAGAAGAUAUUUUGGAUCCUAGCUGCAAGGACUUUCUUGCUUCAGUCACAAAAGCAUUACUUAGAUUGGGAACUAAAGUUGUGUGAUAAAGCCUAGCUCAAAGUCAGUAUCCCAGUUAAUCCCAUUACUUCAUGGCUCUUUUUUGUACAAGGUGUACAAAAAAGCACUGACUUUAAUCCACAUAGGAUUGAAUUCAAACUCAGGGAAGAUAUUAUAAUAAAAAAACACUCUCCAACCACUCCUAAAUCCUUCACCUUCCCUGUCUUUAUUCAACAAGAACCUUUUCCUUGUCUUUAGCUGUGCCCUCCAGAACACUGCAGUCAAACAGUAACAAACAUUAACACUUUCAACCUUGGUACUGCAUCUUCAGACCUUUGUGUGAAUUGCCUUGCUAAAGGGCACCUUGGUCAAGGAAUUGGAGAGUGUCUUUCAUCAUUUUUGAGUCAGAACUGUCGUCUUGGUUGCACACUCACUUACCAUAGUUUACUUCCACUACACACUCUCUGUCUCUGAGUAUGUUCUUUGUAAAUGUUUGUGUAUCUGAGUUCAUAAAGUAUAAUGCAUAUCUUUUUCAUUUUUCUGAGGAUGAUUAAGAGUAGAACUCUGUAAUGGAGAAGUUAGGAGUGUAUUGUUGUAAUAUUUAAACACACAAGUACCUUUUGUUUUUAUUUCAUUAUAUACUGUAUGUCCACAAAUUUGUACUAUUUUCUACAGAUGAAUAAAAACACAUUCUGA